AUGCAAAGCAGUGUGCAUCGUGAGAAAGCUAGCUCGAUCGCGAUGAUCUUGGAAACGCAGCGUAAUGUUGAAUUCCCUCAUCGGAACGUCGAUAAGCGUCCGAGGAAACGGCCGCGAUUGGCUUGGGAUGCUGCUCCUCCUCUUCCUCCUCCUCCUCCUCCACCAACGGUGUUUCAUCCGCCUUUGUACUAUGGUCCAGAGUUUGCGAGUGGAGUGGUUCCGAAUUUCGUUUACCCAAACAUGUUUUAUAAUGGCCUUCCUCGUCAGGGCUCUCCUCCCUGGAGACCAGAUGAUAAAGACGGCCAUUACGUCUUUGUCGUUGGAGAUACUCUGACUCCACGAUAUCAAAUUCUCAGCAAAAUGGGUGAAGGUACAUUUGGACAAGUAUUGGAAUGUUAUGAUAAUAAAACCAAAGAAGUGGUGGCAAUCAAAGUUAUACGGUCCAUAAACAAGUACCGUGAAGCUGCCAUGAUAGAAAUCGACGUGUUGCAAAGGCUUACAAGGCAUGAUGCUGGUGGUUCUCGUUGUGUGCAAAUACGGAAUUGGUUUGACUAUCGUAAUCAUAUUUGUAUUGUAUUUGAGAAGCUUGGGCCAAGCUUAUAUGAUUUUCUCCGCAAAAACAGCUACCGUUCAUUUCCCAUUGAUCUUGUUCGGGAGCUUGGCAGACAACUUUUGGAGUCUGUCGCAUAUAUGCACGAUUUGCGGCUGAUCCACACGGAUUUGAAACCGGAGAACAUUCUUCUGGUAUCUUCUGAAUAUAUCAAAAUACCUGACUAUAAGUUUCUGUCACGACCCACGAAAGAUGGGUCAUACUUCAAGAAUCUGCCCAAGUCAAGUGCCAUCAAGCUCAUUGAUUUCGGAAGUACAACGUUUGAACAUCAAGACCAUAACUACAUCGUUUCCACAAGGCAUUACCGCGCACCAGAGGUUAUCCUAGGGCUUGGAUGGAACUAUCCAUGUGACUUGUGGAGUAUUGGUUGCAUACUUGUUGAACUUUGUUCGGGAGAGGCGCUCUUCCAAACGCAUGAAAACUUGGAGCAUUUGGCCAUGAUGGAAAGGGUCCUAGGACCAUUACCGCCUCAUAUGGUGCUCAGAGCCGACUGGCGCUCUGACAAAUACUUCAGGCGAGGUGCAAAGUUAGAUUGGCCUGAAGGUGCUGCAUCAAGAGACAGCUUGAAAGCAGUAUGGAAACUUCCCCGCUUACCGAAUCUGAUAAUGCAGCAUGUGGAUCACUCGGCAGGGGAUCUGAUAGAUCUAAUACAAGGUCUGCUUCGAUAUGAUCCAAUAGAGAGGCUAAAGGCAAGAGAAGCACUGAACCAUCCCUUCUUCACAAGAAGCCGGGAACAGAGUAUUCCCUUUAACCCAAAUCCUCAUCCAUUUUUAUAUAACCACAACCACAAGAACUAA